AUGAGAACACAAGAGAAAGAAAAACAGAGAACCAUGAUGCGUGUGAUGAUGCUGAUCAAAAUGGACGAUGAGAGGGGGAAGAUGAUGGAUGCAAAGAAGGAACAGAAGACCAAGAAACGAAAAACGAUCAUGGUACCGGAAAGUGUGUGUGGGAUGGUGGAUAAAAUGCAAUUGGACGAUGGCAACCGUAUGUGA